AUGGUAGCGGAGCGGCGCUGGAGGGUGCCGCUGCUGCUGCUCGGCUACCUGGGCUAUGUGGGGCUGCGCGCCGGCUUGCUGCAGGCGGUGGAGCGGCCAGUCGAGGUGCGGGCGGCCCAGCAUCUCUUCCAGCAGCACUGGGAGCUAUUCGCCAACUACACCUGCCUGCAGGGGCCCGCGCUGCAGCAGCUCAUCCUGGGUACCAUCCAAGCCUACAGGAGUGGCAUAACCCUCCAGGGAAACAGCAUUCGCCUGGGCAGGUGGGACUUCAGUGGCUCUUUCUUCUCCAUCUCUGCAAUAACAACCGUUGGCUAUGGGAACCUGAGCCCCAGCACUGUGGAUGGUUGAAUCUUCUGUGUCUUGUUUGCAUUCUUUGGGGUUUCCUUGAACUUUGUACUCAUGAAAGAAAUUUGGCUGUUGGGGGUUCAGUAUUGUGCUAGGCACCUAGAGGAGGUGAUUUGCUGGUGGAAAAAAGCUUCCCUCCUAAUUAAGACCUGUGCACUGGUAACUGGCUUUUUACUGUUCCUCCUGCUACCUCACUAGUUGUUCUCUGACAAAGAAGACUGAUCUUAUGAAGAAGGCUUCUACUAUUCCUUCAUUACCCUGAACACUAUAGGAUUUGGAGAUUAUGUGAUCGGUGAGUAG